GUCACACAGAGACAUCUCAUAGAAAAAGUGCUGUCCCAUCCAUUAGCAGACUUUUAUCCUGGUAAGACCUCCAUUCUGUCAGGAUGCUUUCAAUGAACAGGAACAGUGGUCCCUAUCUGGUGAACGCCUAUUGUGAUGUAGCAGAGGACAAUGAGAGACAGAGGGAGCACUACCACUCCACCUGGCUGGAGCUGGUGAUGGAGACAAGACCAGAGGAAAAGGUUACUCUGUGUGAGAGGGACAGCUCUAGAAAGGAGAGCUAUGAACAGAGACAAGUGGCCCACUUCCUGGUGCGGAGAUCCCCAGACCAGAGAAUGAGGCUGGGUAGACAAGGCGAGAAGAUGAAGGAGUAUCAGUUGCCUUACAAAAAUGUCCUCCCCGUGCCCAUGUUCAUGCCCAGCAAAGCAGUGCAGUUCAAGGACUCCGAGCGCGCGCCCACCCCCGCGGAGCUUCGGUCUAUCAUGGAGUUCGAGAGGGUGCUCUCCAGCGGGGUGUGCCCAGAGAAACGAGAGGUCUGCCAGAUCACCAAAGACAAGCCAAAAAUCAUCCAGCCAAUCCACAUUGGUUUCAGAGCAUCCGGUCUGGUCUCUCCACCAGGCGGGUCUUCUCACUCUCUGCAGAAACAUUGGUAACGUUAUAGAAUUCAAAACCACUGCAAUAAAAAUCCAUCCGAGUCAAUGCAGAGGAGAUGUAGGAACAGCUUGUAUAGAGCUUUUAUGCUUUCCUUCUUGACUUAUUUUGCUGUCCGUCAUGCGAUUCACAACCUCCUGGCAUGUCUGUGGUUGUACUAGAGCAAAUGUUUCAGAGAGGCGUAUGUAAGUUCACCACACUUCUGAGUGAUUUCAAUUACUUUUCUGUAUUGUUGAAAGAAAAACACAAAAUAAAAAAACAAUGUUAAAGGGAA